ACUGCAGAUCGAAACAGCUGCUGUUGUGGAACCAAGCUGCUCUUCUGGAACUGCAACUCUGUUUACACAACUCAAAUCUUCCCUGUUCUAUUUUUUUUUUUUUUUAAAGGUUUGUUGGCCUGAACGAUCAACGAUGAGCUGGAUGGUGAGAAGUUUUGUGCUGCCCCUUUUGCUGCUGCGCUUGUGGGGGCUGCAGGAAGGCGCGCACGCCUGCAGCUGUGUCGCCAGGCAUCCGCAGCAGGUGUUCUGCCAAGCAGAUGUUGUCAUUAAGGCGACAGUUGUUGGGAAGACUGACGUUUCCUUGAAGCAGAGUGUCGCAAAUCCUGGUCUCUUCAAUCCUGGUGUCAUAGAUCCUAUUAAGUAUGACCUCAAACAGACAAAGAUGUUCAAGGGCCCUAAAAAACUUUUUGGUGCCAUCUACACUGGACUCAACUCUGCAGCAUGUGGAGUCAAUCUGGCCAAUGGCAUUGAGUAUAUACUUAUGGGCAGACUGCACUCUGACGGCUCGCUGCACAUCUCUUCGUGCGACUUGUAUCAGUCGUGGGACGACUUGAGUGCCACGCAAAAGAACUUGUUGAAGCACUAUGAAAUGGGCUGCGAUUGCAAGAUCUUGCGAUGCACCUCCCUCCCAUGCGGCAUCAGCAACCCGACCGAGUGCUUGUGGACGGACUUGCUGCCGGUGAAGAUGGCCAGCGGCGAGCAGGCCCAAAACUAUGCUUGCAUAAAGAGACGUUACGGCUAUUGCACUUGGUUCAGGGUGGGCCCCUUGCCCACAAAGGGUUUUUUGGGGGGUAUCAAAGGCCGUUAACUCAAAUAAAAACAUUUUAAAAAAUUCUCAAGUCUGCUUUUAUGGUAA